AUGGACGAUGAUCGUGAUGACUCGUUGACUUCAACUGCCUUCGAGCGGGAUAUGGCGACUAUCAUGUUUCUAAUCAAGUCUGCCCCGAUCCCUCUUGAUGGCCCUCGGGAACUCGGUGACUAUCUAUGGACGAUGUACCGGGGUGACCCAAACCGUUCGGAUGGGCUCUUCCUCAACAAGGCUAUCCAGGCUACGCAAUUCGCCGUGACUAUUGAGGACUUCGAGGACCCUGACGAGCAAGCGCCGCUCGUCUUCAACCUCGGCGACCGCCUUUCAGCUCGUUAUGCCUUCGUCGGAGCUCUCGACGACCUCAAUCGUGCGAUCGCGGCAUUCGAGUCCGCCGCCGAACUCACCAGCGACGGGGAUCCGAGUCAGGCAAAGCGUCUCUUUCGGUUGGGUGGCUCCUUGUUAGAGCGUUGUAACCGGGUCGACUCGCUCGAUGACCUUCACGGCGCUACGACCGCCUUGUGUUGCGCAGCGGAGCUUAUGCCGGAUAGCGACUCGGACAAAAGUGACGUCCUCAACAACUAUGGUAUUUCUCUGAGACAACGCUUCGCAAUGCUCGGCGACGUCGUUGACCUCAAGCACUCCAUCGAAGUGCUUCGCGCCGCCGUGCGUCUCACCCCGGACGAUGAUCCCCGCAAGCCAUCAAAACUCAGCAAUUUCGGGAACUCCCUCGUUACACUCUCCCAGCAUACUCAGGAUCCCGAGAUCUUCAGGGAGGCCAUCUCAGUGCAUGAGUCGGCCGUCGCCCUCAUGCCAGACGACUAUCGAGACAAGGCGUCACUGCUUCAUCACCUCGGCAAUUCAUUCUACGCGCGCUUUGAAAUUGCCGGUAGUCUCGAUGACCUCGCACAAGCCGUCUCGUGGUAUCGUUGUGCCGUAGAGAGCGCCCAGGACGGAGGUCUUGGUGUGCUAUCCAUCUACGAGAGCCUGGGGCGCUCUUUCAUUGUUCGCUAUGGCCGUACGAAGGACCCCGAGGACUUAUCACUGGCUAUCUCCACAUACUCAGACGCGAUCGGACUCAUGCCGGACGGUCAUCCACAGAUGGUGAUGUUGUCCCACAAGCUCAGCAAUCUGCUCCUCAUGCAAUUCCCACACACCGGCAAGUCGGAAGACCUCGAUUAUGCUUUCUCGAUGCAUUUAAGCGCAGUCGACGAGGCGAGGCCAGACGACGAAGCUGAAGCGUCGUGGCAGCACAAAGUGGGCAGUGCAUGGUUUACACGAUUUGAGAGUACCGGGAGCGUUCAGGACCUCGACCAAGCUAUCCCGGCGUAUCGCCGCUCCGCUGAGCUUACGCCUGAUGAGCAUCCUAUCAAGGCAUCACGCUAUCAUGCCCUGGGCAUUCAAUACAUCACGCGAUACAAGCGCAUCAGGAAAUUCGACGACCUUGAACAAGCCACCUCCGCUCUUCGCCACGCAGUCCAGUACUCGUCCAAGGAUGGUCAGGAUAAGCCUCUGGAUACCUUGGGUCGGGUGUUCAGCCUUCGCUUCGAGCACAACAAAGACAUCAACAACAUCGAGGAAGCCAUAUCAGCGUUUGACCGCGUGGUUCAGCUCGAAGCGUGCAAGGAUCGUCAUAGCCCCUCGUCAUGGAGUGAACUGGGCAGGAUGUUGCAGUUGCGCUUCGAACAUACCAGCGACACCGAAAGCCUCGAACGCGCCAUCACGAUCCAUCAACGCGUGAUCGAGUUCACACCAGAUGGGCAUUCGUCGAAACCGUCCUACCUCGGAAACUUGGGCGCUUGCCUUCUCAUGCGCUUCAAGCACAGCAGACAGAGCGAGGACAUUGAGCAGGCUGUCUCCGCUCAUACCAUCGCCGCCGAGCUCCUCGCAGACAUCGACCCCGCCAAGGCAUCUAGUCUCAAUCGCCUGGGUGACACGCUACUCAUGUCCUUCGAACACUCCAAAGGAUCCGAGGCUCUGGAGCAAGCCGUCGCUUCGUAUCAGCGCGCGGUCGCGCUCACUCCCGAUGGGCAUCCUAACCGGGCUCUGUAUCUCGGUGACUUGCGCAAGUCAAUCCUCAUUCGCUUCCACCACAGCGAUGAUCUCGAUGAUCUCGAGCGGGCCAUCGCAGUGCAUCGUCUUCAAGAAGGCGAUCUGGAGUCACGCUCUCAACACGACCUGUUAUCACGACUCAAUACUCUUGGUGUUCUGUUGCAGACGCGCUUUGAUCGUACCGGCGCCCCUGAGGACCUUGAGGAAGCCAUCUCAACGCAUCAACUGGCCACAGAGCUUCUGUCCGACGAUGACCAAAACAAGCCGUUACUUUUGCAUAAUCUGAGCCGGGCAAUGCUCGAUCGCUUCAAACGUAGAGGAGAGGUUCAAGAUCUCGAGCAAGCUAUUGCGCUGCAACGUCUCGCAGUAGAACUGGCAUCAGAUGAUCGCCCCGACAUGCCCCUACUGUUAAACAGCCUAGGCAGUUCGUUGCUUGAGCGCUUUCGAAGCAGCGGAGAACUCGAAGAUCUCGAGCAGUCAUUGUCGCUGCUUCGCCGCGUAAACGAGCUCGCACCGGAUAGCCAUCCCAAGAAGGCAUCAUACUCGAGUCACCUAGGAAACUCACUGCUCACCCGCUUUGAGCACUCCGGAGACCUCUUGGACCUUGAGCAGGCGAUCGUGGCGCAUCGUAAAGCCGUCCAGCUUACAUUUGACGGAGAUCCCGACAGGGCCGCGUCAUUCAGUAACCUCGGUCUUUCUUUGCAUAAGCGCUUCGAACAGACAGGAGACGUCGAGGAUCUCGAGAAAGCAAUCUCCGCGCAUCGUCAAUCGGCCGAGCUCACGCCGGCCGACCAUCCUAGUAAGCCGUCACGGCUGAAUAACCUGGGGAAUGCAUUGUCUUCGCUUUCAGACCGCUCCAAAGAUCCUGUGGAUCUUGAGCAGGCUAUCUCUGCGUAUGGACGCGCCGUUAACUUAACCCCGGAUGAUCAUCCGCGCAAGCUGACAAGGUUGAUCAACCUUUGUCAAGAGCUUGGUCGUCGAUUCGAGAUCGGUCAUAAGAUGGUUGACAUCGAGGACGCCAUCUCGGCUGCAUAUGUAGCUCUCGAAACAGCUUCUGAACGCUCAGGUCCGGAUUUGUCCGUGUGUUAUAGCAUUCUUGGUGUCUGUUUCAUGCAGCGCUUUGAGCUCACGGGCUCUCUGGACAAUAUCCAGACGGCAAUCACGCUGCUCAAAAGGUCCUUGGAGAUGGUUGCUGAUGGCGACCCACGGAUAUCUGCGGUACAAACGAACCUAGGGAAAGCGCAACAUUACCUUUUUAAUCGCACUCGGUUGGCGGCCGACUUCGAGGCCGCCGUGGAGUCUCAUCUACAAGCGACUAUAUGCACAUCUGGCAGACCGACAAUGCGCUUCCUCUCUGCCAAGCGAUGCGUUAUGCUGCUAUCGGAGAACCCUUCGCUCACGAGCGUGGAUGCACUUCUGUCCGCGCAUUCACGCAUCAUCACUAUUCUUCCUGAGAUCGUGUGGCUAGGACACGAUAUCCGUCGACGCUAUGAAGAAUCGUCACAGAUAGGCGAACUUGUCAACGCUGCGGUGGCUGCCGCUGUCUCUUCUGGAGCUCUGACCCUGGCCGUGGAGUGGCUAGAGGCAGGCAGGGCGCUCAUAUGGGCCCAGGUCUCGUCGCUGAGGACCCCGCUCGACGAGUUGUACAGCGUAUGCCCCAAGCUAGCCGACUCUCUGCGUAGCAUUCAGGAGCACCUGCAAAUGUCCGCCAAUAGCGAUCUCACGCUUGGCGUCGAGAGGCCGGGCGUCGCUGUAGCUCUUGCAGUCAACCCUGCCGCGGUUGAUCAUCGUAAGCUCGUCAUCGAGCACGAGAAGCUGUUGAAGGAGAUUCGAGGAUGCCCUGGGUUCAGCAGCUUCCUUCUACCGCUUUCAUUCGACCAGCUUAUGGCUUCGCACGCGCACUCGGACGGUCCGGUUGUGUUCAUCAACGUGGACAAGCGCCGUUGCGACGCGUUGAUUCUGCAUCCCGACGGAGCUCCUACAUCAGUUCAUCUCCCUGAUCUCUCCCUCAAAAAGACUACAACAUUGGCCCGCGUGUGGACAUCUUUCUUCAUGGAUGGUAUAGGGCGUGAGCGUGGCUUAGCAGGGCCGUCAUUUCGGAAACAAGGUCCUUCGACUUUACCGAUGACUGUGCUCGAGCGUCUCUGGACGUGGCUCGUACACCCUAUUUUUGAAUCUCUGAAUUUGUCGACUUCUGUAUGUGAAUCUCUGAAUUUGUCGACUUCUUCAAGGAACAAGCGUCUACCUCACAUCACUUGGUGUCCCACGGGGCCGCUCGCCUACCUUCCCUUACACGCGGCCGGGCUGUAUAGGGAUCCAUCAGGCCCGCGCGUAUUUGACGUUGUAGCAUCGUCAUACAUUCCAUCCCUCACCGCACUCUUGCGCUGCGCCAAUGGUCUGGCACAGCACACUGGCCAGAUUCCUACGAUGCUCCUGGUCACACAGCCGGCAACACCCGGACAAAGCCCCUUACCAGGGACGAUAGCAGAACGCGAUGCGAUCUCGGAGGCUCUGAAUCAGUCCUCAAUCCAGAGGGUAGUUCUCGAUGAUGAGCAAGCGACCGUCUGCUCCGUCCAGGAGGCCAUGCCGCGGCAUUCUUGGGUUCACCUAUCGUGUCACGGUCUUCAGGAAGCCAUGGGCGACCCGACGCAGAGCGCCUUCAUGCUACAUGACGGUCGCCUGUCACUCUCUGCGCUGAUGGGCACCAUGUCCGACAACGCAGAGUUGGCCUUCCUUUCAGCAUGCCAGACCGCGUUCGGCCAUUUGAGGAACCCCGAAGAGUCAGCGCAUCUCGCCGCGGGUAUGCUCGCUGUCGGCUUCAAGGCCGUCAUCGGGACGACGUGGUCCAUCGUGGACGAUGACGCCCCAGUCGUCGUCGAAGCCUUCUAUCGGAAGCUCACCGAGAUCCGCAGCUCCGGAAAACAAGGAAAGGGCGAGACAGGUGCAGCAUAUGCGCUGAACGAGGCGACGAGGGUCCUGCGAGAGAAUAUUGGGGAGAGUAACUUCAUGCGUUGGAUACCGUUCGUGCACCUCGGUGUUUGA